AAAUCUUGAAAAAUUCCAAAACCUGCUCCCUUACUUAAAGGAUCGUCCACUGUUGAAUUACUUUCAUCCUAAAUGAUAAUUUCAUCAGACAUUCAAAGUUCUCGUUACACUCGUUUUUAUGAAAAUAUCCCACUGUGCGUCGCCAUCUCCGGGGAAAACUUCGUGUGUGUGACGACUGUUCGAACCGUAGCUGACCCGUGUCCGUGAAAUUUUCUUUCGGUUAUCGUCCUGCGUUGAGAAGCCAGUUAUUGUACAUUGAGACCGACGUCGCUGAUCAACCGAUUCUUCUGCCGGUUGUGGCGUUCGUCGCACGUGUAAACUCGGUCGCGGGGGAAUAACCACUCGGCCGUCCAAGCCAAGUGUUGCAGCCGCGUGACCGGGAACUGUAAGAGAGCCUGCGAACAAUUGGCUGUAUUACAAGAAAACCCAAAAGAUAAAAUAGCUGGACGGAUAACUGAUUUUUACAGACAUUGUUCCUCAAAAAAUGUCCGGAAUGUCGAGUGGUGUAUGUCGUCUUCGGCUCACGAUACGGAGAUAAAGUGGCUGGACGCGGCUAGGAAGUGUUGUGACGUGGCCAAGUCAGACGGCUGCCAGUUGUCCUGCUUGGAUAAGAACUCCGGAUCCCGGUCGAUUCACAGGGACUGCCAGAAUGAGUCAGAGUUUUUCUCCUGUCUCCAACACAAACAGGUCAAAGAUACGUGUUGCGGCGGUAAAACGGAUGAGGUGCAAUGUCAGAUUGCAUGCGAGAAAUUCCUAGCCAACACACCGUCCAUUAAUCAACACGUAGCCAAUCAAGAAAUCUUCGACCUGUGUUCGGCUGAACGGGAUCGGCGCGGUACACGUUCUGCAGCGACCGGUGCUGCUGCUACGCACCUUUGUUCGCGCAACACGACUUCCACGCGACCGUCGGACGGACACAAAUACUUGCACUGUUGUAAGUUGGCCUCUGAUGCACAAUGCAAAGAAGCCUGUCAGGACAGUCUACGGAAAGAGUUCGACUCUGACAUGGAAGCUAUGGACAACUUGGAGAGCAGAGGAUGUGGAUCACCGUCGCUUUAUGACCAGUUUUGGCAAUGUUUCUUACAAAGCGAAGGGGCGGAACAAAGAGACACGUCAGCAACAGCACCGAUGUCGCAAAUAGAGAAACUCGGCAUGGAUAGCGUAAAACUCCAUUGUUGCGACAAGGCCACUUUGCCAGCGUGCCGAAAACUUUGUUUAAAAACAUUCACGAAUGAAUGGUCUUCGUCAUGGAAUGACUUCAACUCUGAAUGUUUGUCGCAUCCUAACGAGGAACUUUUAUUGAAAUGUUUAGACGACGUGGAAGAACCGUGUGACUUGAGCUGCGACGGUCUGAACUAUUGCACGGCAUUCAACAACCGACCCACGGAACUGUUCCGAAGCUGUUCGCCACAAACGGACGACGCGGCCCACUUCGACGUGAUGCUGUGGCGUCGACGCGGCAACAUAAACCUGUUCAAUUACGAAUUGCCGCUGAAAAACAUCACCAAGUGCAUGCCUGACAGCUGGAAAGCGGUCUCCUGCAUUCUGCAGAUACGACCGUGCACCAGGGAAUCACACAUCAACAAAAUUUGUCGGGAUGAUUGCCUGGAGUUGUUGAGCACGUGCAUGGAUUGGACGAACGUGGGACCGGGUCUGUCGGCCAACGCCCUUUGCGCGCGUCUGUCUGCCGACUCCGGUCCCUGCGUGCCGCUCAAGGCGUUCGCGGAGCAUGCGACACCACCUCCGCAACAGCAGACCGCCGUGGCGCAGGUGACGACGCCGUGCAAGCGAAACCCGUGCGCGCCCGGCGAGGUGUGCUUAGUGAACCGCGGCUGCCGGAUCGGGCACGCGUGCAAGCCGUACCGGUGCGUGGCCGGCUGUAAAGUGGGCGAGGUGUCGCACUACCUGGUGCCGGAGAACACGUACGCCAGCAUACCCACGUUCAACGGGCAAAAGGGCUGCGUGAAGAUCUGCCAGUGUACAAAGAAGGGCAUCGACAAGUGUCAGCAGGUGCCCUGUUCGCAGUUGCAGUCCUGUUGGUUGAUCGGCAAAACGAUCGAUCAUGGGUCCACGUUCGAGAUGGACUGCAACACGUGCAACUGUUACGCCGGCGAGAUCACCUGCACAAAAAAACACUGUGAAUCCACCGCGGCCAGUGUGGGAUCCCGGAACAGGCACACCGGACUUCCGUGUAACUGUGUCGCUCACCACGUACCCGUCUGCGGAUUCAACGGCAACACUUACCCCAACUCGUGUCUGGCCAAAUGUGCUGGAAUGUCGGAUCUGGACCUCAAGUUUGGCACGUGUUGGAACGAUGACCCCUGUGCAAGCGGCCACACUUGCCGAUCAGACGAGAAAUGUGUGCCCGCUCGUCAGGUGUGCUUGUCCAUGUUGAAAAAGUCUUGCAUCCAAUACAAGUGUAUUUCGGAAAAGGACUCGUGCGAGGAGACUGCCAAGAGCCCGGUGUGCGACACGGACAACAGAGAGCACGCGAACUUGUGCUACCUGCUGCGAGCCGGCAAAUCGUUGGCGUACAGCGGUCCCUGCUUGGUGGGAUGCAACGCAAGUGGCGGGCCCGUGUGCGGCGUGGACGGGAACACGUAUCCGUCUGAGUGCGCGGCGUUCGCGGAAUCGAUGAGUGUCGACUACACGGGACCAUGCGUGACGUCCGGCUUCAUUGGGCGUAACGGUCGUCCGUACUGCGCCGGGGCCGGGGUCAGCUGCCCGGCGCUCGCCCAGGAAGAGUGCGUGGGCAUCACACCUCCCGGAGCCUGUUGCGCCAAGUGCGCCGGAGCCCUGCGGAUACUGUUCAGUCAAAAACAAGUGGACCGGGUGGUGCACACAUUGAAAAAGCCCAGCGUGAACGCUCUGAGCAUGAGGUCGGUACUCCGAGCGUUGGACAGACACGUGCACGUGGCCGAAUGCGUGGUCCGCGGAUACCUGACCAUUUAUCGAGAUCUGCUGGUGCUCGUCGAGCCCACGGUUCGGAACCCGACCAGGCUUCAACUCGAUGCUUGCCUGAGGGAGUCGGAAAAGCUGUCGACCAUGGUGGAGUCGUCCAGUCCGCGGAUCCUGACCGACCUCAGCCUCAGCACAUUGAUCUCGGCCAAGACCGUGCACGAGCUGAUUACCAACAGCGCCGGCACUGCUUCCGCGGCAGUCUUUGGGUUGAGCCCGGCCGCAACCGUAACGCUGUCACUGGCUCUGGCACGGCUCGUGAUCUAAACGACUGAAUUUUUUUUUAUUUUAUUUCAUUUUAACUCAUCGAUAAAUGUUGUGUGUACCAUAUUGUAUUUCUAUCGUCCUCACGUAUUGCUUUAACUAUAUAUAAUCUAGUGUUUAAGUCGAUUAUUUUAUAGUUAAUGUGUACAUACCAUUUUUAUUAUGAUU